AUGGAGUUGUUCAUCUUCAUAGUCUUUCAGCUCCUGAUGGAGGUUCAGUCUUACAAAUCUCCUACUGUAAAAGUAUCUCCAGAUGUCAUAAGAGAGUCCAGCUCAGUGAAGAUCAGCUGUGAGACUCCAGCAGAUGUUAGAGUGAAUCAGUGUUAUUUCAUCACAAACAGAGAAGAGAAGAAUGUAAGAGUCAGUUCAUCAUGUGAGCUCGAGCGUACUGGUGCUGAAGUGCUCAGAUGGGCAGGUGUAAAAUCCCCUGUAUCAAUCUACAUUAACUGCUUCUACACAAUACACGAGCGAGGCAUCAAUAAACCAUCAUCUGAUUCUCCUCCUGCCACAGUGACGGUUCUAGAUCUUCCUCAGGUCAAGUUGAGAGCAUCUGCUUCAGUUAUUCUGGAAACAGACACAGUUGAGCUGAGCUGUGAGAAUACUGAAGAUCUGAAGAUGGAGAUGUGUUACUUCUACAUAAAUGGAGAACAAAGUAACUCAAAAGUGAGCUCAUCAUGCCAGCUCUCACUCACUGGAUCUCAGAUCAGUGUUUGGUCUGGAGGUCAGAGUUCAUCUGUGAGAAUAAGCUGCUUCUACACUGUGAUGAAGGGACAAAUUAAAAAACCAUCUGCUCACUCUGAUCCAGUGACAGUUACAGUCCAGAUUUCAACACCAACCACCACUGAACAUACGAGUACAAAAACAGCCAAGAAAACUAACCUCCAGUCCAAGACAAUCCUCUCAACAAGCACAACAAAGGAAACCAUUAUUUCCAUGGCAACCUCUACUCCGCCUGGUAACAGUAGAAUGUCAGAAUAUACUUCAGCAACAAUGGCUGUCAUUCUCACAUCUGAAACCCCAUCAUCCCACAGAACAGUAUGGUUUAUAGUGCUGGUUUUCACUGGUGUUGCUGUAAUUUUAUCUGGACUCACAGGACUCAUCUGUCUCUGCCGGUUUGCAAAGUUGUUCUGGACCUGCAGAGACAUAUUCUCUGAUCACUUCUGUACCAGCCACAUCUCAGCCCAUAUCUGUAGGCCUCGAACACCCAGAGUCACACCAGGACAGCACAGCAGUUCCCACAGACACUCGUUCUUUCAUUACAUCAGUAAAUCCAUUUACCAGCCCUCAGAUGCUUUGGUCAAUAAAAAAACGGAAAUGGAGAAACACAGAGGAAAGUGUGAAUGUUCAUCACCUGUACUCCACAAUCCCUGACAAACCAGUGCACUCCAACACAGGAGAUCAAGUCUACAGUUUGGUGAAGAUGCACUGAGGAAUCUCAAAUCUUAUUUCAUCAUGUACAGCCACCUU